AAUGGUUUGAGAUUAAUGUGCAGGUUUAUUCAAUAAUUUUUUGGUUCCAUAAUUAAUUGUUUACGUAUGGUAGUUGUGAGAAAAUUAUUAAUCACUUUAGUGAAUUCAAAUUUCUAUGUUUCUAUAUAAAGUAUGGAUGCUAUGUCAUCCUGUUUUAACGUCAGUAAAACAAAAUUCAAGGAUAUCGGAAAGAAGUAGGGUGCCGAAAACAUAUGGUAGCACAAUUUAUAUGUUAGUAAAGAUAUAUUCCGCGCGCAGUUGGCGAAAAUAUCUUUGUUAAUUCCUUCUAUAUCGCUUUUCUUGUUUGUGAGUUAAAAAUUCUUGUUUGAUAUGAUUUGUGCAGUUAACUUUUUAAGUUAAAUAUUGAAAAUGUCGAACGAUCCAGAUUUUUUAAUGGCGCUUGAAAUGCAAAAGCGAUGGAAUGCCGAAUCAAGCACAGAUUUGAAUAGUAGCGAUGGCAGCGAACCGGAGAUUGUCAACUUCAGUAUGCCACCGCCUUCCAAGAAACCUUUACGUAUAAAGCGUAGCAAUCCGACAUCAAACCAAGACGAAGAUUACUUAAAUCGUACGCAAAAUCUUGUACACCCUCAGUGGGAAACGCUGGAUCCUACACCAGAUAUAUUCGCACUGUUUGGCGCUUUUGAUGAUAAAUUUUUUCAAAGUCGCUUGAAAUGUGUGACCCUGGAAUGGAGUAAGCGCAUGUAUAGCUGUGCUGGAAUAUGUUAUUCGCGGCGCAAUCGUUUCGGUAUGGAUAUCACUAUCCGCUUAAGUGAACCUCUGCUCAAGUUAAGACCACGCAAAGACUUGGUUGAGACUAUGUUGCACGAAAUGAUACAUGCAUACUGUUUUGUUUUGAAUAUACGGGAAGGGAACGGCGGUCACGGUCCAAAUUUUAAAAAGAUCAUGUAUGCAAUAAAUAAAGUGGCUGGUACCAACAUAACAGUAUACCAUACAUUCCAUGAUGAAGUAGAUGUUUACAAACAACACUGGUGGCGUUGUAAUGGAAGUUGCCAAAAUCGCGCCCCAUUUUUCGGUUAUGUGAAACGUACUUGUAAUCGAGCUCCUGGUCCCAAUGAUCAGUGGUGGGCAGCUCAUCAGGAGUCUUGUGGUGGCACUUUUAUGAAAAUUAAAGGCCCGGAUAAACCAAAGAAGCAAAACGCCUCAAAAGAACCAAAGCAACCGCAAGGAAAAGAUUUGCGGACGUUCUUCCCUUCUACAAACAAACAGAUAAGCUCUACACCAAAACUGUCGGACGCUAAUAAUGUGAAAGGUUUUAAUAAUGGAACUUCUGGUUUUGGUGGGGUUAAAGGCCCUAUCAAAACAAACGGCGGCGGUACCCUUCUUCUGAACCCUAAGACAAAGGCACCAGUUACGAAACCAAUUGAUCGCCAAACAUCUAUAACCUCCGCUUUUCCACCGUCCUCUUAUCCAGGUCUAUCGAGUGAUCCGUUUAAUACAAACACAAUUUCUGGGUCUAAUAAAACGCCAAUUCGGCAUACGUCAGCAGGUGGUAACUUACGAAACGUUAUUGGCUUUGCGAAUCUAAAUGGUAGUCCUGGCGCCCCUAGUGGUGCCGCUGGCCGCGUUAAUGCGAGUAGCAGUUCAAAUGCCGCUUUCAGUGGUAGUGGUUGCCAAGUGGGAGCCACAAGUCAUUCGAGCGCUAGCUCCAAAAAUAAUUCAAGUGGGGAUGUGGAUCGUAAUCAUCUACGUGAGUUGUGGUUAAAGCGUUUCGAUAAAAAUAAAACAAAUAGAAGUUCAGAUACCACGAUAGAAAACAAUAAGAAAAAUUCUCGUUUCCUUGAAAGCGAUGCAGAAGCGCCAGCAGGUGAUGGAAAACGUAGACGCCUGUCUAACGAUGGUUUGCAAACAGUUGACACAUCAAAGAAACCUAAAACUGAGGAUUGGCUAGUUUUAGACGAUGAUAUAAUGUUAAGAGAUACGCCUACGGAGACUAUUGCCAUUCUCUCGGAUGAUGAAAGUGAGUCCGAUGACAACGAAAACGGUUUUGCGGUUGAACUGCCGAAGCGGUCCACCCCACUAACGGCAGAUGAACGACAUAAAGUUAUUAAAGAGGAGAUUCUUGAAGACACUGAUGAUUUGUUGGAUGAGGAUAUCAUCCUUAUUGAUGAUGAGUAUGAUGAUAAUGCUCAGGACGACAAUAAUGAGAUGGCUAAUAUAUCAGCUGCUGCGGAAUUAGCAGACACUUCUGUGAUAGAUGAAUUCUUUGGCGACGAUACAAUGUUGAAGGAUUUCAACAGAGAAAAUGACGUCAAACCUUCUGGGUCUUAUCAUUUUCCCAACCCUAACGAUGACAUCAUUACCUGCCCAAUUUGUCAAGGUAAAAUGAAACGCUGUUUAUUCGCUGACCAUAUGGACGGUUGUACUGGCAUAGCGAUUAAAAUUGUUGCACCCAAGCAUUUCCUGAAAAAGGUAGCAUCUACAUCACGACCAUUAAACCCAACGCGCACACCACGCCCUUCACGCAAAGAUAUUCUUCGAAAAGCAGGUUAUUCCGAACAAGAUUUGAUUAACCUUACUUCGACAAGCGAUGAUGAAUUUUCCAGUAGCAGCAAUAAUAUCGAUCAAAGUUCACCGGACAGGCCAGAGACCAAUUCCACAAACGCUGGCUGGAGUCCAGAGGACAUGGACACGAGGUUAUAUCGUCAAAGAAAUAUUCUAAAAAGUACAAUUCAGUGUCCUAAUUGUGGAAAAGAAGUUGAACAAGAGACUAUCAACGAUCACCUUGACGAUUGUCUCUCUCCCUACGCCGGCCAUUGGACCACCAAAAUAGAAAUACCCAAAGAUUUGACUAAAGUCGGUCUGAAAGCCCCAAAAGGUAUUGCUGAUGCUGACGGCGAGGGUGGCAGUGAACAAUCUAAAGAGACGAAAAAAACAAAAGAAGUGAAACCAGAAUUGCCUAGCAUUCUUCAUGUUGAAGUCUCUCCCGAUCAUUGCUUAUGUGCUAUAACUACUGCAGGUCAAAAGGCUGUCUUGCUGUAUCAGUGCCGUCCUGAACACGCUAAACUUGUGUCAGUGAGACCACUGGCACGUGCUUCAAGUGCUCUAACAUUUAGCAAAGACUCUAAAGUGCUUUUGGUGACAGAUAAGUCAGGAGAUUGCUAUAAAUAUGAUUGUGUAAAUUUCGAAGAGGAACCGAAACUCCUACUCGGCCACCUCAGCAUAGUCUACGAUGUAUUAUGGACUCCAGAUUCUAAAUAUAUUAUCACUUGUGAUAGAGAUGACAAAAUCCGUAUAACUAAUUAUCCUGAAACAUAUGAUAUACACGGCUAUUGUCUUGGGCAUAAAGAAUUUGUUUCUGGAGUAGCAUUUUUGAGUGAGGAUACAAUUGUUUCCAUAUCCGGAGACAAAACUUUACGUAUUUGGAACUUCAUCAGUGGCAAAGAAAAGUCCAAGAUUGAUCUGCCAGCACCUGCUUUAAGGCUUUGCUUGCGUCCGAAGAGUGAAAAUAAAUUUGAAGCCGCUGUAUUAUUAUAUCAACCGGAUGAAAGUGUUGGUAUUUACGAAAUUACUAACAGCGGCGAGGGUCAAUGGCUUAUAGAGGAGCUCACAAAACUUAAUUAUCCGGAUGUGAUUAUAAGCAAUAUUUGUUUCGUAAAUGAAAGGCUUUAUGCUACUGGUAUUGUUGAUGAAUGUUUUAGCUUGAAAAUAUCGAACAUUGCGGAUAGUCAGCAAAUAAUAUCAACUGACUGGAUUGAUAUGAUAGAAGAGCGGUUUAGGUCGGAAGUGUGGAAGCCUGAAGAUGUGUCGGCAUGGUUUAAGAAGCGAUAUGACAAUCAAACUACCGAAAUGGCCACAUUCCUGCAAGCUGCGCGUUCGCUUUGCGCUCAAUCACGUAAAUUUAGUUCGAAAAUACAUGAAGUGGUCAUUGUAUCCGCCACCCGUACACCAAUUGGUAGCUUUCAAAGCCAAUUGGCACCUUUGUCGGCGACCCAACUAGGAGCUGUAGCAGUUGAGGCUGCAGUCCAGCGCUCCGGUAUCAGCAAGGACCAGGUAGAUGAAGUUAUUAUGGGUAAUGUAGUAUCUGCCGGCUUGGGCCAAGCACCCGCACGCCAGGCAGCGAUCUUCGCCGGCUUGCCUAAAAACGUGUGUUGCACAACAGUAAACAAAGUGUGCUCAUCUGGUAUGAAAGCAGUAAUGUUGGGGGCACAGUCGCUGAUGCUCGGCCAAGCAGAAAUUGUGGUUGCCGGAGGAAUGGAGUCCAUGUCAAAUGUACCAUAUUACAUGAAACGUGGCGCUACUCCCUACGGCGGCAUCCAGCUCAUCGAUGGUAUCGUCUUUGAUGGUCUGACUGAUGUCUACAACAAAUUUCACAUGGGCAACUGCGCAGAAAAUACAGCCAAGAAAAUGGGUAUAAGCCGUCAAGAACAGGAUGAGUUUGCUAUACAAUCCUACAAGCGCUCAGCAAAAGCAUGGAGCGACAAAGUAUUUGAUGCUGAAAUCGCACCAGUAAAAAUACAGUUAAAACGCAAACCGGAAGUGACCAUCACCGAAGAUGAGGAAUUCAAACGCGUCAAUUUCGACAAAUUUGGCCAACUAUCUACCGUAUUCCAAAAGGAGAAUGGUACUGUUACAGCCGGAAACGCCUCCACCCUAAAUGACGGUGGUGCUGCCACAGUGCUAAUGACUGCUGAAGCGGCCGAACGCCUGAAACUGAAACCAAUUGCACGUAUAGUAGCCUUCCAAGAUGCCGAAACAGAUCCAAUCGAUUUUCCCAUUGCACCCGCCUUCGCCGUGCCAAAGUUGUUGCAACGUGCCGGCAUAAACAAGCAAGAUGUUGCCAUGUGGGAAAUCAACGAAGCUUUCUCGCUGGUAGUUUUGGCUAAUAUAAAGAAACUCGACAUCGACCCGGCCAAAGUGAAUAUACAUGGCGGUGCUGUGUCCAUAGGCCAUCCAAUCGGCAUGUCAGGUGCCCGUUUAGUAAAUCGCGCAGUUAGAGACUCGGUAAAUGAAAUUUUAUGUUUAAUUGUAACUGAUAUGUGGUCGACGAUAGUGCGUGUCACAAUUUCUGUCUGCCUGUUGCCGCUUUGCUGUGUGCAGGCUAAUGGGGCAGCCAACGUACUAACCACAAGCAGGCAGAACUCUCAUAUGUUCGGUGCAAUUCUGCAUUACCAAGCGAACUUCUUCAGGAAACAUACGAAGAGUUAUUCGAUCUCGAUGCGCACAAGAGAUGACGGAGCUGUUGAUUAUUUCAUAGACUUGUUGACGUCGGUCUUAAUGACCGCAAAGGAAAUGAAGGUGGAGAUCAAUGUACAUGCGGGUUUGCCGACGCCGAAGAAUUUCGACUUAUACAACAUAUUAUUGAUCGACUCGUACGAAGCGCUGUCUGACAUGGACCCAGGGUUUCACGCCCAGCGCAAUGAUUUCAGCGAAUUCUAUUUGAUGAUUUUGCCUCCGGUAACUAAUCGUUCUCAUCUAAUGUCGGAAUUAUCAGAGAUUUUCGAUUAUUGUUGGCGUCACUAUAUUUUAAAUGUCGACGUGCUGGUGGAAGUUAACGGCACCGGUAUAGAGCUUUAUACGUACUUUCCGUUUUCGCGCGAGCGAUGCAAGAGCACUCUACCGAUUCAAUUGAAUCGUGGUAAAUCCGUUACUGAGAUGAGCAGCUCAGCACUGUUCCCUGAUAAGGUGCGAAACUUUUACGGCUGCUCCAUAAUGGCAAUUCUGUGGAAUGUGCCCCCUUAUGUAACGCUGCCCGAUCCCGAGCAAGGUCAGUUGCAGUAUGGUGGUAUGGAAGGCGAACUUUUAAAUCUUUUGAUUGCCAAAUUAAAUUUUGAUGUGAAUUAUACGACACCGCCUCGUAACGAACAACGUGGAUUGGUGAUGUCCAACGGAACCUUGACGGGGGCUAUUAAAAUGUUGAGUGAAAAAUCGGGCGACCUAAGUUUGGGUUGCUUUCGAAGUACACUGGAACGUUCAACGGUGCUCACCUCGUCGUUGGCGUUUUAUCAAACCAAUCAAGUACUCGCCGUAUUAGCGAAGCAAAAACCUUGGUCCACGUACGAAAUCUUAACGUAUCCCUUCAAUAUUUACGUCUGGAGUUCCUUACUGAUCUUCUAUCUGCUGCCGAUAUUCCUAGCUUUUGUAUUACAUCGUUUAAGCCUGCGCCUCUUAUACUUUAUCUUCGGCAUACUGCAUAUCAGGGAAAUGAUUUUCAUGUGGACGGGUAUUCUGCUGGCUCAAAUAGCAAUACCCGAACCGUCGUCAAAUUUUGCGCGCUAUAUAUUCGUCAUGUGGCUACUACUCACCUCAGUGUUGCGGUCUUCCUAUCAAGCUCUACUCUAUGACUUUUUCAGUACGCAAAAACUCAUCUCGGCACCUGCGACCCUGGACCAACUGAUUCACCGUGGAUACAAGUUGGUUGUGACAGCGUCCACCGCCGACUCUAUGUCCAAAAUUAAGGCAGUGGAAAGUCGAGAGAUUGAACUAUUGAUGAUGAAUAUUAGCGAUACCGACGUGUACACUGUUUUGGAGGAUAAUCCAGAGAAAAAUUUAGCAGCAACCACGCCCAGUGACUUUCUCAGAUACUAUAUGAUCAGUGAACAGAAAAACGGCAAAUUCAUUAUAUUGAACGAGGAUAUCUACCUACAUCAUAUAUCCGUCUACUUUACGAAACACUCCUACUUGGCAAUGCCGGUGAAUAAAAUACUGCGAAAUUUGCGUGCGAGCGGCAUAAUCAACCACUGGUCACGGCUGUUUGUUGGGGAAAUUCAUGCGAAUAAAGGGGGACCAGAUUUACACAAGCCGUCCUUGACACUAAAACAGCUCUACGGUAUAUUUGAGAUCCAAUGUUAUAUGUGGGUCAUUGCAUUGGCGGUAUUCUUUGUCGAGUAUGUGAGGGGAAAUGCCGAGUAAAUUCCGAGGAAAUUCUUACUAAUAUUAUAACUGUAUACUUAUGUCCAAAGAAUAAUGAUCCAAAUAUAUCAGAAGCAGAUAGGAGUCCUGUCAAAAUA